UAUUACAUAUAUCGAGAUCUCGUCGCACGGUAGGAGGAUACGGCCCCUGUUCUUUCUACGGACCUUAUCAGCAUGCUCCUCACGAAAAUGUGAAUCAUGAUUUUUCGUUAUACGGGCAGAAAGAUAUAGAGAAUGCAAAACACACCGAGAAAUUUAUUGCUUUGUAGAAUUGUGAAGUGAUACCUUAACAUCUCUGGAAGAAUCGAAACUUCAUAUAAGCAUAUUGUGGUGUAUAUAACUUAGGCAAGGGUGUGCAGAAUGCGACCCUUGAAAUAAGUUUGUUGUCAAAUAAUCUGGGGCCGAAGUCUUUGUACAAUAGAGUUCGGUAACGCCUCGUAUAUCACACCCGUUUCCAUUCCUGAAGAUUUCCUGGCAACUUUUAAUCUCUGUGUGUUGUGAAGAGUGAAUGAACAAAUUUUUUUACAAACUAAUAUAAAGUUCUUGUUUCCUAUUGCAUAUUGUGUACAGUGAAAUGGGGCAUUAGCAGUUAACUUCUUGAGUCAGUUAAUCGGUAACUAACAGCUCUAGAAAAAUAAAACUUAACACAGUCAAUUAAGUAGCAUGUAUAACAUAAUUCAUGAACUAAUAAUUAAUUAAAGAUUUGACGGUCAGAGGGCAGGAAAUAUACAAAAUAUAACACUUAUUUCUCAUAAUGUAUUCAUGAAAAUCUUGCCAUGUAUAUGUUGCACACUAAAUAUGUGUCUUCUACACUGUACAUAUGUAUUGUUAUUUUUCUAAUCGUGUGUAUUUCGGCAAGAUAAUUAAAAUUAGUGUGAAGCACCCAACAACUACUUUUCUAAAAACAAGUGUGGGCAAAACAAAAGAACGUUAUAAGGUGUGUAGCUACUUGUAUGAUAUCAAAGUAGUCAGAUCAUACUUUUCUAUAUAAGGAAGAAAUUUCGUUUCUUAGACAUAUGUUAAAUGUCAUAUAGAGAAGUAUUUUUUUUUCCUCAUGCUUGCCGACCUAACGGAAAAUUCUCAUCUACAUGAGGUAGGUAAAAACUCAAUAGACAAAAGACUGAAUCAAAUGAGUGUAUGCUCAUUCAUAUACAGCAGCAACCUCAUUCAUGUGAGAUAUAUAAGAUGUUUACAUUAAAAGCUAAGUUAAACCAGCAUAUGGUUAUCGACACAGCAGAAAAACCUUAUGUGUGUGACAAAUGUAAUAAGUCAUUUAGACUAAAAUGUGAUUUAAACAAUCAUGUACAUAUUCACACUGAAGAGAAGCCUCAUGUGUGUGAUGUCUGUAACAUGUCAUUUUCUCAAAAGUGUGGGUUAAAUGGUCAUAUGCAUAUUCAUACCAUAAAGAAACUCCAUGUGUGUGAGAUAUGUAAUAAGUCAUUUAGAGAAAAGUGUGGUUUAGAAAGGCAUCUACUUACUCACACAGGUGAGAAACCUCAUAUAUGUGAAAUUUGUAACACAUCAUUUGCUAAAAAGUGUAGGUUAAAUAAUCAUAUGCUUAUUCACACUGGAGAGAAAACUCAUACGUGUGAGGUAUGUAACAAAUCAUUUAGACAUAAGUUACGUUUAAAAACUCAUAUUCUUAUUCACACAGGAGAGAAACCUCAUAUGUGUGAGGUAUGUAAGAAAUCAUUUAGACAUAAGUCACGUUUAAAAUCCCAUAUUCUUAUUCACACAGGAGAGAAACCUCAUGUGUGUGAGGUAUGUAAUAACUCAUUUAGAGAAAAGUGUGCUUUAAAAAGGCAUCUACUUGUUCACACAGGAGAGAAACCACAUAUAUGUGAAGUUUGCAACAUGUCAUUUGCUAAAGAGUGUCUUUUAAAUUAUCAUAUGCGUACUCAUACUGGAGAGAAACCUUAUGUGUGCGAGAUAUGCAACAAGUCAUUUAGACUAAAUUGUUAUUUGAACAGGCAUCUACUUAUUCACAAAGGAAAGAAACCUCAUGUGUGUGAGGUAUGUAACAAAUCAUUUAGUCUUAAGGUUCAUUUAAAGAGCCAUAUGCUCAUUCACACAGGAGAGAAACCUCAUGUGUGUGAGGUAUGUAAUAAGUCAUUUAAACAGUAUUGUAAUUUAAAACGCCAUAUGAUAAUUCAUACAGGACAGAAACUUCAUGUGUGUGAUAAAUGUAAUAAGUCAUUUAGGCAAAUGAGUUCUUUAAACAAGCAUAUGCGUAUUCACACAGAAGAGUUCUUUAAAGAAGCAUAUAACAAGUCAUUUGCUCAAAAAAGUAAUUUAAACAAGCAUGUAUGUAUUCACAAUGAAGAGAAACCUUAUGUGUGUGAGAUAUGUAAUGUGCCAUUUUCUCAAAAGAGUAUUUUAAAUCAUCAUAUGCUUAUUCAUACCCCAGAGAAACUUCAUGUGUGUGAGGUAUGUAACAAAUCAUUUAGAAAAAAGUCAGAUUUAAAAAGGCAUAUGCUUAUUCACACAGGAGAGACUCAUGCAUGUGAGCUAUGUAAUAAGACAUUUAGAGAAAAGUCUAUUUUAAAAAGGCAUCAACUUGUUCACACAAGAGACAAACCUCAUAUAUGUGAAGUUUGUAACUCCUCAUUUUCUAAAAAGUGUGAUUUAAAUCGACAUACGCUUAUUCAUACUGGAGAAAAACCUCACGUGUGUGAAAUAUGUAACAAAUCAUUUAAACCUGGGGGCAAGCGACGUUUCACUGCCACUGCAGAAGAGGUAGAUGGCACUACAGAAUUGGAGAUAGGAUGCAAGACCUCCUUUCUGAUAGCAACCUCUAAUUCAGAAGCAUCAAAGAGGCUGUGGUCACUUUCAGAACAAUAAUUUGGAUUAUUGAUAUCUGAAAUGAACUGUGAUAGGCACACUAAUUUCAGUGCUCUCUUGGCUUGCAAAGCAGUAGGCUUUGCACCCGACUUUCGUCUAAUCUGUGAAAAGGCAUUUUCCAGCGCAUCUUGUGUCAACCUGCCUGGUAAGAAAAAUGUAAACCCCUCGGAAAAUAAUUCUUUUGAGAGUUUCACAACACUCAAUGUGCUCAUAAUAAUGCCAGUUUGAAAUGGCUUCCAUGCUUUCCCAAACUGAACAGUUUCAGUCACAUGAAUGAAUUUUAAUAAAAUAUUAAAUUUCUCAUCUUGA